AUGGCUGAUGCAAGCAACGUUAAUGAUAAUGACGAUGUGGCUAGACAAGAAGCGUUCGAGAACAAAGUUACGGAAGUAGCGGAAGGGGUUAUGCAAGCAAAUCUUCCACGGUUGACUCAAGAGGUAGAAAGCCGAGUUCUGGGGGUUGUGGAUGCUAUGAUGACCAGUAAGAUCGAAGAAUUGAAAGAGCUAAUUGAGGGGUCUAAAAGUAAAGGUAAGGAGCGACGAUGCACGUAUAAAGACUUUAUGGCGUGCAAUCCGGCAACGUAUGAUGGUAAAAUUGACCCGAUCGCAUGCCAAAGAUGGAUUUCAAAUAUAGAAGCAGUGUUCAUUCGAAGUCGUUGUGAUAACGAAGAUAAGGUGAUGUUCGCCACCGGCCAACUCACUUUUCAGGCAAAAGAUUGGUGGGAUGCACACAGUAAAGAGAUAGGUGAAGAAAGGCUCCAAACAAUGACCUGGCAAGAGUUUAAGGAUCCUUUCAUGAAAUAUCACUGCCCCCAGUCCGCCGUUGAUAAGAUUCAAGAGGAUUUCUUACGCCUCCGACAGAAGAACGAGACGAUAAAUGAGAUAUCAAACACCUUCUUGGAUAAGAUGAAGUUUUGUGGAGAGUUUGUGCAAACUGAAAGGAUGAAGAUUAACCGCUUUUAUGGCGUGUUAAAGGCAGAAUUUAGGGAGUUCAUCACUCCCUCGAAGUGUGAGACUCUUGAUGAGCUCAUCAACCUAGCGCGAGAUAGAGAAAUCGAGAUCAAGAGGCAAGAAGAGCGUGGAGAAAAGAGACCCAAUGAAAAAGGUGGAAAUUCGACCCCGACCAAAAAGGGGAAGUAUCAAGAGCAAGGAAGAAAGGAUAAGUCGAAGAGUGGAAUCACGCCGUGCAAGACUUGUGGGAAACUUCAUACGGGGGAAUGUUUGUUAGGCAAGAAAGGAUGUUACAAAUGCGGUAAGGAAGGACACUCAUCUUAUCAAUGUCCGAAUAGCCCAAAAACUUGCUUUAACUGUUUCGAAAAAGGGCACAUCAAAUCUGAGUGCCCGAAACUCCAGCAAGAGUCGAAGAAGGAAGAUAAGAAACAAGAAGGUUCUAAGGCCAAGGGUAGAAUGUUCCAAAUUACAUCCGAAGAGGCCAAGUCUCACCCGAAUGUGAUUUCAGGUAUCUUUUUACUAAACUCCAUACCGGUUUAUGUUCUAUUCGAUACUGGAGCUACUAUGUCAUUUAUUUCGAAUGAAAUUAUACAACAUCCGUCCUUUAAGAUUGAACGAAUGCCAGUGCCUUUAGAAGUAGAGAUAGCCGAUAGCAAGAUGUAUAUGUUACAUGAGGUUUGUAGAAAUUGUAAAUUCAUUAUAGAAGAUGAAGAAUUUGACAUCGACCUAAUACCCAUGGUUUUGGGGGAAUUUAAAAUGAUCGUGGGGAUGGAUUGGUUGGCGCGACACCAUGCGGAGAUUAACUGUGAAACUAAAGUGAUGGUUAUCCAAGCUCCAAGUGGAAAACAAUUAAGUAUUCAAGGAGAGAGAAACGUGGAAACCAAGUUGUGCACCUUGGUCCAAGCUUAUAAGUAUGUACUUAAUGGGAGUAGAGCAUACUUAGCUUAUGUAGGAGAUGCCCGACAAACCCUCCCGAAGCUUGAAGACGUUGAGGUCGUGAACGAAUUUCCGGAGGUAUUUCCGGAAGAACUGCCGGGACUCCCUCCCGAAAGGGAGAUAGAGUUUCGCAUCGAAUUAAAUCCGGGCGCGAAGCCAGUUGCGAAGGCUCCCUAUAGACUUGCCCCCACUGAGAUGCGAGAAUUAAUGACACAGUUGCAAGAUCUUCUAGAUAAGGGUUUCAUACGCCCGAUCAUGUCAUUCGGAUUGACGAACGCGCCGGCUGCGUUUAUGGAUCUUAUGAACCGGGUGUGCCGACCCAUGCUAGACAAAUCGGUAAUAGUGUUCAUAGAUGAUAUCCUAGUCUACUCGCGAAGCAAAGCUGAGCAUGCAAGGCAUUUGCGUGAAGUACUUGAAAUUCUCCGCAAGGAGAAACUUUACGCAAAAUUUUCAAAAUGCGCCUUCUGGCUCAGGGAAGUGCAGUUUUUAGGCCACGUGAUUAAUGCGGAAGGUGUUUUAGUGGACCCAUCAAAGAUUGAUGCUGUAAUGAAAUGGGUUUCCCCGAAAAGUCCGACUGAGAUAAGGAGUUUCCUAGGUCUCGCGGGGUAUUAUAGGCGGUUUAUACAGGAUUUCUCGAAGAUAGCUCUACCCCUAACCAGAAUGACGAGAAAGAAAGAAAAAUUUGUGUGGGGUGAGGAACAGGAAGAGGCUUUUCGUAUAUUAAAGGAGAAAUUGUCGAGUCCUCCGGUCCUGACAUUGCCAGAUGGAACUGAAGAUUUGGUUGUCUAUUCAGAUGCUUCCCAUCAGGGGUUAGGUUGUGUUUUGAUGCAAAGGGGAAAGGUUAUUGCUUAUGCGUCGCGGCAACUAAAGCCUCACGAGGUGAAUUACCCAACACACGAUCUGGAAUUGGCAGCAGUAGUGUUCGCCUUAAAGAUUUGGAGACACUACCUAUACGGUGCGAGAUGUACAAUUUACUCGGAUCAUAAGAGCCUCAAGUAUUUCUUUGAACAGAAAGAUUUGAAUAUGAGGCAACGAAGAUGGUUAGAACUUAUCAAGGAUUAUGAUUGUGACAUCCUCUAUCAUCCGGGGAAAGCAAAUGUGGUAGCCGAUGCGUUAAGCCGAAAAGAGUAUCCGUCUCCUCUCCGUGUAAAGUCCAUGAAGAUGGUAGUUACGCCACGACUACUGGAAACGAUACGGGAAUCUCAAAGAAAGUCUCUUGGAGCAGAAGACUUAAGGAAAGAAAGGUUAAAAGGCGUUAUUGAUAAAUUAGAAGAAAAUUCGACCGGACUCAAGACGCGAUUCGGCCGAAUUUGGAUACCCCGAUUUUGUGAAGUCAAAGCCGCACUACUCGAUGAAGCACAUAAGUCACGAUAUUCGGUCCACCCUGGGGCUACAAAGAUGUAUCGAGACUUAAAAACCAACUAUUGGUGGCCGGGCAUGAAACGCGAUAUCGUCAAGUACGUCGCAAAAUGCUUAACGUGUUCUCAAGUGAAGGCAGAACACCAAAAGCCUUACGGAGAAUCACAACCAUUGGGGAUACCGUUGUGGAAAUGGGAAGAACUAACGAUGGAUUUAGUAACCAAGCUUCCAAGAACGAAAAAGGGGUAUGAUACAAUAUGGGUAAUCGUAGAUCGACUUACGAAAAGCGCCCACUUUCUACCCAUUAAAGAAGCUUAUUCUUCCGAGAAAAUGGCGGAAAUCUACAUGAACGAGGUCGUGUCUCGACAUGGGGUGCCUGUGUCAAUCAUCUCGGAUCGUGACACUAGAUUUACCUCUCGUUACUGGCAAAGAUUUCACGAAAGCGUGGGAACGAGAUUGCACAUAAGUACCGCCUACCACCCUCAAACUGACGGCCAGUCAGAAAGAACUAUUCAAACACUUAUUGAUAUGUUGAGGGCGUGUGCCUUAGAUUUUGGGGGAAAUUGGGAUGACCAUUUGCCACUGGUGGAAUUUUCUUAUAACAAUAGUUACCACAGUGGCAUUCAAAUGGCGCCGUACGAAUUACUAUAUGGAAGGAAAUGUAGAACUCCUGUAUGUUGGGGUGAAGUAGGGCAAAGGGAGCUCGCGCCAAGUGAUUUAAUAGCACUGACAAAUGAAAAGAUUGAAUUGAUUAGAGCUCGUUUGAAAGCAGCCCAGGAUCGGCAAAAAGCUUAUGGAGACAAGAGAAAGCGUCCUAUUGAAUUUCAAGUUGGAGAUUUUGUACUGUUGAAGGUGUCGCCAUGGAAAGGCAUAAUCCGUUUUCGUAAACGGGGUAAAUUAGGACCUCGGUAUAUUGGGCCGUUUAAAAUCUUGGCUCGUGUCGGAAGGGUUGCAUAUCGAUUAGAAUUACCGCCUACUCUAGACGGAAUUCACAAUACCUUCCACGUGUCUCAAUUGAGAAAGUGCCUUGCGGAUGAAACCGCGUUAGUACCUCUCGAUGACAUCGAGUUAGACGAGGGGUUGAAUUAUGUCGAAAGACCAAUAGCCAUUAAAGAUGUCAAGGUAAAGAAGCUCCGCAACAAAGCCAUCCGACAAGUGUUGGUACAAUGGCAACACCGAAAGGGGUCAGAACUCACAUGGGAAGCGGAAGAUGAAAUGAGGAGGCACUAUCCAUUUCUUUUUGGUAUGUACACGUUUAAGAUUGUUAUGUCCAGGUUUCGGGGAUGA